AUGGAGUACGCGGAGAACGGCGACAUGUUCACGUACCUCCGGAAGAUGAAGCUGACGGAGCCACAAAUCCACUCGUGGUUGUUGCAGAUCCUGUGGGCGUUCUCGUACAUGCACGGCGUAGGGGUGGUGCACAGGGACCUGAAGUGCGAGAAUAUACUGUUGACCAGUAGAUACAACUUGCGGAUAGCCGAUUUCGGGUUCGCCAGGUUCGUGGACCGAGGACGAAAUCCUGGGGCGAACACGGUGUGCGGCACUAGUGCAUUACUCGUGUGA